AUGCGACAAGCGAAUAUAGUGCAACUCAAAUCCCAAAUAUACCGUACUGUGAUCCGUCCCACAGCGCUGCAUGGCAGCGAAUGUUGGCCCAGUACGCGAAAUGGAGAACACAAGCUUAGUGUCAUGGAGAGAAGAAUGCUGUGGUGGACAGUGGGUAUCACCCUGCUAGAUCAUGUCUGUAAUGACACCGUUCGUGAAAGGAUGAAAGUUGCUCCCAUCGUUAAGGGCAGGAAAAACGAAUGCGGUGGUACGGGCAUGAGAAUAGAAGAGAUAAGAACCACAUCACAAGAAUGGCCAUGUCUCUGGAGGUCGCUGGAAAAAGACUACGGGGAGACAGAUGAGGUGGAAGGACAGAAUCAGAGCUGA